UUUGUCCUGAAGAAGCCGCUCAACAUGAACAUGGUGAAGAGGAUCAUGGGACGGCCACGGCAGGAGGAGUGCAGCCCCCAGGACAACGCCCUGGGCCUGAUGCACCUGCGUCGCCUGUUCUCCGAGCUCUGCCACCCGCCCCGUCACAUGACCCAGAAGGAGCAGGAGGAGAAGCUGUACAUGAUGCUGCCCGUCUUCAACCGGGUUUUUGGGAAUGCUCCGCCCAGUACGAUGACUGAGAAGUUCUCUGACCUGCUGCAGUUCACCACCCAGGUGUCCCGGCUGAUGGUGACCGAGAUCCGACGAAGAGCCUCCAAUAAAUCAACAGAGGCUGCCAGUCGAGCCAUUGUGCAGUUUCUGGAGGUGAACCAAAGUGAGGAAGCCAGCCGGGGCUGGAUGCUGCUUACUACCAUUAACCUGCUCGCUUCAUCAGGACAGAAAACGGUGGACUGCAUGACCACGAUGUCAGUUCCCUCCACGCUGGUGAAGUGUCUGUACCUGUUCUUUGACCUGCCACUCGUUCCCGAAGUCCCGGGGGCAGCACAGACAGAGCUGCCCCUGGCCGACCGCCGAGCCCUGCUGCAGAAAGUAUUUGUGCAGAUCCUGGUCAAGCUGUGCAGCUUUGUGUCCCCGGCUGAGGAGCUGGCCCAGAAGGACGACCUCCAGCUGCUGUUCAGUGCCAUCACCUCCUGGUGCCCCCCCCACAACCUGCCCUGGAGGAAGAGCGCCGGGGAGGUGCUGAUGACCAUCUCCCGCCAUGGGCUCAGUGUCAACGUGGUCAAGUACAUCCAUGAGAAAGAGUGUCUGUCCACCUGCAUCCAGAACAUGCAGCAGUCAGAUGACCUCUCACCCCUGGAGAUCGUGGAGAUGUUUGCUGGUCUUUCCUGCUUCCUGAAGGAUUCCAGUGAUGUGUCCCAGACCCUCCUGGAUGACUUCCGCAUCUGCCAGGGGUAUACAUUCCUCUGUGACCUAAUGCUGAGGUUAGAACAGGCCAAAGAGGACGAUUCCAAAGAUGCUCUGAAGGACCUGGUUAACCUGGUGACGUCUCUCACCACGUACGGAGUGAGCGAGCUGAAGCCUGCUGGUCUCACCACUGGAGCGCCCUUCCUCCUGCCUGGCUUCGUGGUGCCGCAGCCGUCCUGCAAAGGUCACACGGUGAGGAACAUCCACGCCUUCUCCGUACUCCAGAACGCCUUCCUAAAAGCCAAAAGCAGCCGCCUCACCGGCAUCAUCCUGGACGCCAUCGCCAACAUCUACAUCGCCGACAACGCCAACUACUUCAUCCUGGAGGCCCAGAACACGCUCUCGCAGUUCGGCGAGAAGAUCUCCCGGCUGCCCGAGGCCCAGGUCAAGUACUUUGAGCUGCUGGAGUUUGUGGUGUUCAGCCUGAACUACGUCCCCUGUAAGGAGCUGUUCAGCGUGAGCGUGCUGCUGAAGGCCAGCUCCUCGUACCAGUGCAGCAUUACGGCUACACGCACCCUGCUCAAAUUCAGCCGCCACGACUCCAUCUUCAGUGAGGUCUUCCGUGAGGUGGGCCUGCUGGAGGUCCUGGUCAACCUGCUACACAAGUACGCCGCCCUGAUGAAGGACCCCACCCAGGCCCACAACGAGCACGGCGAGGCGAAGAACAACAGUGUGGCGGAGGAGCAGAAGCAGCUGGCCUGGCUGGUGAUGGAAACGCUCACCGUUCUGCUCCAGGGGUCCAACACCAACGCCGGUUUGUUCCGGGAGUUUGGCGGUGCCAGGUGUGUCCAUAACAUAGUGAAGUACCGUCAGUGCCGUGAGCAGGCGCUCAUGAUCAUCCAGCAGCUGGUGCUGUCGCCCAGCGGAGACGAUGACAUGGGCACUCUGCUGGGACUGAUGCACUCCGCACCCGCCACAGAGCUUCAGCUCAAGACCGAUAUCCUGAAGGCCUUGUUGGCGGUCCUAAGAGAGAGCCACCGAACGCGAACAGUUUUCCGCAAGGUGGGCGGCUUUGUGUAUGUGACCUCCCUGCUGGUUGCCAUGGAGAGGUCACUGUGCUCGUCACCGAAGAACGGCUGGGAGAAGGUGAACCAGAACCAGGUGUUUGAGCUGCUGCACACGGUCUUCUGCACGCUGACGGCCGCCAUGCGCUACGAGCCUGCCAACUCCCACUUCUUCCGCACCGAGAUCCAGUACGAGAACCUGGCCGACGCCGUGCGACUGCUGGGCUGCUUCUCCGACACCAAGAAGCUGGGCCUGGCCACUGUGUUCCCCUCCAACGCCCAGCCCUUCCAGAGACUUCUGGAGGACGAGCUGGUGUCUUCAGACAGUGUGUGCCCCACCCUCAAACACGGCAGCAAGCUUUUCAUCUACCUGUACAAGAUGGCCACCGACUCCUUUGACAGCCGUGCUGAGCAGGUGCCCCCCUGCUUGACGCACGAGACCUCCCUUCCCUCCCCCUGGGGCACCCCGGCACUCGCCAGGAAGAGACACGUUUACCCCGGAGUGUCCGCCUCCGCUCCCACCUUUCCUGCCAAAUCGUCGGCCGAGCUGAAGGUCCAUCUGGGGAACCCCUCGCAGCAUUCCCCCGACUCGGUGGUCAUCCACCCCGGAGCGAGCCUGGCCAUGCUGGACCUCCUGGCCUCCGUGAGCUCUGAGGCCCAGCCUGAGCAUGCACUGGACCUGCAGCUGGCGGUGGCCAACAUGCUGCAGCUGCUGGUGCACUCGGAGCGGAACCAGCAGAUCCUGUGUGAGGCCGGCCUGCACUCGCGCCUGCUCCAGCGCUGCAGCUCCGCCCUGGGCGACGAGGACCACCCCCUGCACCCGCCCCUGCAGAGGAUGUUCGAGAGACUGGCCUCCCAGGCCCUGCAGCCCGUGGCCCUCAGGGAAUUCCUUCGCUUGGGCAACCCAUUGAAUUGUGGGGCCUGGGACAAGAAGCUGCUGAAACAGUAUCGGGUCCACAAGCCCAGCUCCCUCAGCUACGAGGCAGAGAUGAGAAACAGCAUGACCAUGUCGAUGGAGGGCUUCGGGCCCGACAGCGUGUUCGCCGUGAGCGAGGACAACAGCCAGUACCGCAUCAGCCGCAGCCUGGUCCGGUCCGCCGAGGGCAGCACGGUGCCGCUGACCCGGGUCAAGUGCCUGGUCUCCAUGACGACGCCGCACGACAUCCGGCUGCACGGCUCGGCGGUCACGCCGGCCUUCGUGGAGUUCGACACCUCCCUGGAAGGCUUCGGGUGUUUCUUGCCCCCAGCCUUUGCACCCCACAACGCGCCGUCUAAUAACGUUAACGGUCGAUGUCCGGGGUGGGUCAGCGAUGGGGCUGUUCAGACUGCUGAUUCUCCCGCCUCCUCCGCAGGUGAGCGUCUCUUCCCCCCUCCCUCGGGCCUGACCUACUCCUCCUGGUUCUGCAUCGAGCGCUUCAGCACCCCGCCCCACAACCACCCCGUGCGUCUGCUGACCGUGGUGCGCCGGGCCACCUCCUCCGAGCAGCACUACGUGUGCCUGGCCAUCGUCCUGUCCGCCAAGGACCGCUCGCUCACAGUUUCCACCAAAGAAGAGCUGCUGCAGAACUACGUGGAUGACUUCGGCGAGGAAUCCUCUUUCUACGAGAUCCUGCCCUGCUGCGCUCGUUUCCGCUGCGGUGACCUCAUCAGCGAGGGACAGUGGCACCACCUGGUGUUGGUGAUGAGUAAAGGCAUGCUGAAGAACAGCACAGCCACGCUCUACAUGGAUGGGCAGCUGGUCAACACGGUCAAGCUGCACUAUGUUCACAGUUCACCCGGCGGGUCGGGAUCCACUAACCCCCCGGUGGUGAGCACGGUGUACAGCUACAUCGGGAGCCCCCCGGCCCAGCGCCAACUCUCCACGCUGGUGUGGCGUCUCGGGCCCACUCACUUCCUGGAGGAGGUUCUGCCGGCUGCUAGCGUCUCCACCAUCUACGAGCUGGGGCCCAAUUAUGUGGGCAGCUUCCAGGCUGUUAACCUGCCCUGUAAAGACCCUAAAGGAGAGGCUCCGCCUCCAUGCCCAGUGGCCCUGGUACCUGAAGAGAAGGUGUCCUUCAGCCUGUAUGCCCUGUCUGUCUCCUCCUUCACCGUCGCCAAGAUCCGGAAGGUCUACAACAAGCUGGACAGCAAGGCCAUUGCCAAGCAGUUGGCGGUUUCCUCCCAUGAAAACGCUACGCCAGUGAAGCUGGUCCAUAAUGCAGCCGGUCAUCUGAACGGUCCAGCUCGCACCGUGGGAGCUGCGGUCAUCGGUUACCUGGGGGUACGUGCGUUCGUUCCGAAGCCGGUAGCAACAAACCUUCAGUAUAUUGGAGGCGCGGCAGCCAUCUUGGGCCUGGUCGCCAUGGCGUGGGAUGUGGAGGGGCUGUACGCAGCGGUGAAGGCCCUGGUCUGUGUCGUGAAGAGUAACCCCCUGGCCAGCAAGGAAAUGGAGCGCAUUAAAGGCUACCAGCUGCUCGCCAUGCUGUUGAAGAAGAAGCGCUCUUUGCUCAACAGUCACAUCCUGCACCUCACCUUCUCCCUGGUGGGAACCGUGGACAGCGGCCAUGAGACCUCCAUCAUCCCCAACUCCACUGCCUUCCAGGACCUUCUUUGUGACUUUGAGGUAUGGCUCCAUGCUCCUUAUGAAUUGCACCUGUCCCUAUUUGAGCAUUUCAUCGAGCUCCUGACUGAAUCCAGUGAGGCCGCUAAGAACGCCAAGCUGCUGCGGGAGUUCCAGCUGAUCCCCAAACUCCUGCUGACCCUGCGGGACAUGUCCCUGUCCCAGCCUACCAUCGCCGCCAUCAGCAAUGUCCUCAGCCUGCUGCUGCAGGGCUUCCCCAACAGCUACGACCUGCUGAGGUUUGGCCAAUUUGUUGCCUCUACAUUACCCACGUUUGCAGUUUGUGAGAAAUUUGUUGUCAUGGAAGCAAACAACGAAGAGAAAUUAGAUGCAGGGACUGAGGAUGACUUUGGGGGCCUUCUCUCAGCCAAUCUCAUCUUACUGAGAAACAGGCUUCUGGACAUCUUACUAAAACUGCUCUUCACUUCCAAAGAGAAAUGCAGCGUUAACACACAGGCGUGCGAGGAGCUGGUGCGCACGCUAGGCUUUGAUUGGCUGCUGAUGUUCAUGGAGGAGCACCUGCACUCCAGCAGUGUGACGGCGGCCAUGCGGGUUCUGGUGGUGUUGCUCAGCACCCAGCCCAUCCUGGCCCGCUUCAAGGAGGGGCUGUGCGGGGGCGGCUGGCUGGACCACACCGACUCCGUGCUCACCAACAAGAUCGGCACCGUCCUGGGUUUCAAUGUUGGCCGCAACGCCGGCGGCCGGUCGACUCUGCGGGAGAUAAACCGGGAGGCCUGCCACUUCCCAGGGUUCCCUGUGCUCCAGAGCUUCCUGCCCAAACACACCAACGUGCCAGAGCUGUACUUCCUGCUGAUGGCCAUGUUUCUGCAGCAGCCUGUGACUGAGCUGCCAGAGAACCUGCAGUUCUCCUUGCAGUUCGACCUGGACUCCAUCUGGACGUUCAUCUUCGGGGUGCCUGCAUCCAGCGGCACUGUGGUGGGCUCCAUUCACAACGUCUGCACCGAGGCGGCCUUCCUCCUGCUGGCCAUGCUACGGAGCAUGCUCAACCUGCCAUGGCAGUCAGAGGAGGAGGGUUCCUGGCUCAGAGAGUACCCUGUCACACUCAUGCAGUUUUUCCGCUACCUCUACCACAACGUGCCUGACCUGGCGCCCAUGUGGCACAGCCCCGAGUUCCUGUGUGCUCUGGCAGCCACCGUCUUCCCCUUCAACAUCAGGCCCUACUCCGAGAUGGUGAGUGACCUGGAUGAUGACGUGGGCUCUCCGGCGGAGGAGCUGAAGGCUUUUGCUGCGGACUCAGGCAUGAACCGCAGCCAGUCCGAGUACUGCAACGUGGGCUCCAAGACCUACCUGACCAACCACCCCGCCAAGAAGUACGUCUUUGACUUCAUGAGAGUGCUCAUCAUGGAGAAUCUGUGCCUGACACCCGCCAGCAAGCAGACGCCAAUCAUCGACCUGCUGCUGGAGGCCUCCCCCGAGCGCUCGACUCGGACACAGCAGAAGGAGUUUCAGUCCUACAUCCUGGACAGUGUGAUGGAGCACCUUCUGGCUGCAGAAGUCCUUCUAGGCGAGGAUGCAUCUCUGCCCAUAACUAGUGGAGGGAGCUACCAGGUCCUGGUCAACAAUGUUUUCUACUUCACCCAGCGUGUGGUGGAUAAACUGUGGCAGGGCAUGUUCAAUAAGGAGUCCAAGCUUGUAGUGGAAUUCAUUGUGCAACUCAUUGGACAAUCCAAGCGGAGGUCCCAAGGUCUGUCCCUGGACUCCAUCUACCACUGUCUGAACAGGACCAUCCUGUACCAGCUCUGCCGACCACACAAGACCGUCCCCCAGCAGGUGGCGCUCCUGGACUCGCUGCGCGUCCUCACGGUCAACCGCAACCUGAUCUUAGGCCCCUGCAACCACGACCAGGACUUCAUCGCCUGCCUGGCGCACUGCUUCAUCAUCCUGCACGCGGGGAGCUGUGUGGACGGCUUCGGGCUGGAAGCGGAGGCUCGCAUGACCACCUGGCACGUCAUGAUCCCGUCCGACGCCGAGCCGGACGCCACUCACAGCCAGGACGUCAGCGAGGGUCGGCAGCUUCUGUUAAAAGCGGUUAACCGAGUCUGGACGGAGCUCAUUCACAGCAAGAGGCAGGUCCUGGAGGACAUAUUCAAAGUGGCCCUGCAACCCAACGACCGCGGUCAGGUGGACAUACUGACCGCACGCGCACACAUCGAGGAGCCAGCGGCCAAGAGCUGGCUCAACCACCUGGCGCACGAGAAGAAGUGCAUCAGCCGAGGGGAGGCGGCCGCCCCCGUCACCCAGUCCAAGCUGUCCCGGGUCAGCAGCGGCUUCGGCCUGUCCAAGCUCACAGGCUCCAGGCGCAACAGAAAGGAGACCGGCCUGAACAAGAACAACCUCUCUGCACAGGAAACCUUCCAGUGGAUGUUCACGCACAUAGCGGUUGUGCGGGACCUGCUUGCCAUGCAGUACAAGGAGCACCAAGAGCGGCAGCAGAACGCGCUGAAGUACGUGACGGAGGAGUGGGCGGGCAUCGAGUACGAGCUCCUGAGGGAGAGGGGCCUGUGGGGCCCGCCCAUCGGGUCCCACCUGGACAAGUUCCUGCUGGAGAUGACGGAGGGGCCCUGCCGCAUGAGGAAGAAGAUGGUGCGCAACGACAUGUUCUACAUCCACUACCCCUACGUGCCCGACAUGGAGCCCCACGCCAGCUCCCAGCCUGUCUCCACUCAGAGCCACACCACCGCACCCCCUGUCUGUGCCCCGGCUCAUGUUCCUCUGGAGAAACCCAUCCGCUACCGGAGGGCCAUCAGCUAUGACAGUAAGGAGUAUUACAUGCGUGUGCUGUCAGGAAACCCAGGCAUGUACCAGCACUCCAUUCAGCACAGCUCUGAGGGAGAGACCACGCACCAUGAGCCUGAGCAUGGAGAGGACACCAUCGCCAGGGUCAAAGGUCUGGUGAAGCCCCCGCUCAAACGCUCUCGCUCCACGGCGGACGGAGCAGAUGAGGACGGCCCGGAUCAGCUGCAGGACCAGCUGCUGGAGUCUGGGGCCAUGGACGAGGAGGAGAAGACCGAUAACACCACAUUACUGAGGCUGCUGGAGGAGGGGGAGAAGAUCCAGCACAUGUACCGCUGUGCUCGCGUUCAGGGUCUCGACACCAGCGAAGGCCUGCUGCUCUUUGGGAAGGAGCACUUCUACGUCAUCGAUGGCUUCACCAUGACAGUUACCCGCGAGAUUCGGGACAUCGAGACUCUCCCGCCAAACAUGCACGAGGCCAUCAUCCCCAGGGGAGCACGGCAGGGCCAGAGCCAGCUGAAGAGGACCUACAGCAUCUUCGCCUACGAGGAUAUCAAAGAGGUGCACAAGCGCCGCUACCUGCUCCAGCCAAUAGCCGUAGAGGUGUUUUCAGGUGAUGGGCGAAAUUACCUGCUAGCAUUCCAGAAAGGAGUUCGGAACAAAGUCUAUCAGAGGUUCCUGGCGGUGGUGCCGUCUCUAGCGGACAGUUCUGAGUCUGUGUCCGGGCAGCGGCCCAACACCAGCGUAGAACAGGGGUCUGGUCUGCUGAGCACACUCGUGGGCGAACGGUCCGUCACCCAGCGGUGGGAGAGGGGGGAAAUCAGUAACUUCCAGUACCUGAUGCACCUGAACACGCUGGCGGGCCGGUCCUACAACGACCUGAUGCAGUACCCAGUCUUCCCCUGGAUCCUGGCUGACUAUGACUCGGAGGAGCUGGAUCUAAGCAAUCCCAAAACAUUCCGUAACCUCUCCAAGCCCAUGGGUGCCCAAACAGAUGACCGGCUAACCCAGUACAAGAAGAGGUUCAAAGACUGGGAGGAUCCCAAUGGUGAAACCCCCGCCUACCACUACGGCACACACUACUCCUCCGCCAUGAUUGUGGCGUCCUACCUGGUCCGCAUGGAGCCGUUCACUCAGAUAUUCCUCAGGCUGCAGGGAGGUCAUUUCGAUCUGGCCGACAGGAUGUUCCACAGCGUCCGAGAGGCCUGGAUGUCCGCCGCCAAACACAACAUGGCCGACGUCAAGGAGCUCAUCCCUGAAUUCUUCUACCUCCCAGAGUUCCUCCUCAACUCCAACAACUUUGACCUCGGUAGCAAACAGAACGGCACCAAACUGGGGGAUGUGAUCCUUCCCGCCUGGGCCAAGGGAGACCCCAGGGAAUUCAUCCGGGUCCAUCGAGAGGCCCUGGAGUGUGAUUAUGUCAGUGCCCACCUGCAUGAGUGGAUAGACCUGAUAUUCGGCUUUAAGCAGCAGGGCCCACCAGCUGUGGAGGCUGUCAACGUCUUCCACCACCUCUUCUACGAGGGCCAGGUGGACAUCUACAACAUCAACGACCCCCUCAAGGAGACUGCCACCAUCGGCUUCAUCAACAACUUCGGCCAGAUUCCCAAACAGCUUUUUAAGAAGCCCCACCCUCCAAAACGGGUUCGCAGCAAGUCCAAUGGAGAGCUCCCCGGUGUGCCUGCCUCCAACAGCACCACUGCGGACAAGAUCUUCUUCCACCACUUAGACAACCUGCGGCCCUCCCUGGCCCCUGUCAAAGAGCUGAAGGAGCCAGUGGGCCAGAUCGUCUGCACGGAUAAGGGCACCCUGGCUGUGGAACAGAAUAAGGUUCUGGUGCCGCCCGCCUGGAACAAAACCUUCGCCUGGGGCUACGCUGACCUCAGCUGCAGACUAGCCAACUAUGAGUCCGAUAAGGCGGUCAUUGUGUACGAGUGCCUAUCGGAGUGGGGCCAGAUCCUCUGUGCCAUCUGCCCCAACCCGAAGCUGGUGGUGACAGGCGGCACCAGCACAGCCAUCUGUGUGUGGGAGACGGGCACCUCCAAAGAACGGGCCAGAACCCUCACUCUUAAACAGGCCCUGCUGGGACACACAGACGCCAUCACGUGCCUGACGGCCUCCUCCGCCUACCACAUCAUCAUCAGCGGCUCGCGGGACCGCACCUGCAUCAUCUGGGACCUCAACAAGCUGGCCUUCGUCACGCAGCUGAGGGGCCACCGGGCCCCCGUCUCGGCCCUCUGCAUCAACGAGCUCACGGGAGACAUCGUGUCCUGCGCAGGCACCUACAUCCACGUGUGGAGCAUCAACGGCAGCCCCAUCGUCAGCGUCAACACCUUCACUGGCCGCAGCCAGCAGAUCCUGUGCUGCUGCGUGUCGGAGAUGAGCGAGUGGGACACGCAGAACGUCAUCGUCACCGGCCACUCCGACGGCGUCGUGCGGUUCUGGAGGAUGGAGUUCCUGCAGGUCCCAGAGACCCCAGCUCCAGAGCCUGUGGAACCUCCCGAUGUCCCAGACUGCUGUGGAGAAGAAAAGGAUCUGUCAAAAGAGGGUGGUGAAGCUCAGGACGAGGACAGCAGUGACUCAGAUGGAGACGAUCAGAGCAUCAGCCAGGAGGCCCAGCCCAGGGCCGCGCCCGGCCAGGCCAGCAGUGCCCUCCCCCGGCCUCAGGGCCCCAUGGCCCGGCCCCAGGGCCCCAUGGCCCGGCCCCAGGCCUCCUGGGCCGCCGACAGCAGCUCGGAGGACUCCCACCGCUGGUCCGACACCCUGAGCCUGGACGAGAAGGACGGCUUCGUGUUCGUCAAUUACUCAGAGGGACAGACUCGGCCCGCCCUGCACCCUCACCCACACCCACACCCUCACCCACACCCUCAACCCCAGCCUCAACCCCUCCCUCAACCCCACCCUGCCCCACACAGCGUGGUCCCCCAGCCCCUACAGCCUACCAACAUGGAGCCCCGCACCUACAACCAGCUUAGACCCGGCUACAGAUGGGAACGUCAGCUGGUCUUCCGCAGCAAGCUCACUCUGCACACGGCGUUCGACCGCAAGGACAACGCUCACCCCGCAGAAAUCAGCGCACUGGCCAUCUCCAAGGACCACAGUAAGAUGCUGGUGGGCGAUGGAAGGGGCCGGGUGUUCAGCUGGUCGGUGAGUGACCAGCCGGGCAGGUCUGCCGCUGACCACUGGGUGAAGGACGAGGUGGUGGACAGCUGCUCUGGCUGCACCCUGCGCUUCUCCCUCACCGAGAGACGGCACCACUGCAGGAACUGCGGCCAGCUCUUCUGCCAAAAGUGCAGUCGCUUCCAGUCCGAGAUCAAGCGGCUAAAGAUCUCUUCCCCUGUGCGGGUGUGUCAGAACUGUUACUACAACCUGCAGCACGAGCGGGGUUCAGAGGAGGGGCCCAGGAACUAGCCCUUCCCCAGCGUCUGUAUUUUCCUGUACCAUGUGUAAAGCAGCUUUAGAAGAAGGGAUCACUGCAGAAGCCUGUUCGAUGUUCCGUGUGUUGCAGAAAAGCAUGAUGGGGAAUUUGCAGUGGGGAAAAAGGAUUCUGAGUAAUCCAGUAGAUUUUGAUCAGUGUUUUUUUUUUUUUUUUUUUUUCUCCCUGUAAUGUUUUUGCAGUCUUUCUGUUAACACCAACUACAGUACACAUCUUCAGACCACAGGCUUUUUAGAUUUAGAUUUCUUUUUUCUUUUUUUUAGAUUUACUGUCUGUUAGGCCUCCUUUAGAAGUAUGAUGAAAUUGUUUAUAUUGUAAAUAAAUACAAUGGCCUUUUUAACAGAAGACGAAACUAUUGAAAAUGAUUUUGCUUGUUAAUAGGAAUUGGAGGAUUCACUCUUCGCUUUAAAGAGAAAGUGUUUAGUCAAUGUCAUAAGGAGAGGGACGAUGAAUGUUAAAUAAAAUGAAUAGCUUGUCUAAAUAAGGAUUAAAUGCAAUUCCUAUUUUAAAAGGUUUUUUUGUUUACAAUGUAUAUUUUGUUAAUGUGUUGCCCACAGUAUCGCUGGCCUACAAACAACAACUUGAUUACAGUUGGAAAUUCUUCAUAGUUUUAAUGAAAACCUUAAAUAUAGUAUACACUUUUCUUGCAGUUUAAUGUUUACUUUAAUCGCAACUACUUGCCUUUAAGGUGUGAUUGCUUUCUAGUCUUCAUGAUACUAGGUUAGAUGCACCUGUGACCCUGUAGCUAACUCCUUCUUCUCCAUUGCCAGACCUCACAAUUCUGUCAGCAUCUUCAGUAUCAUAAAGCUGCACGUGACUUGCCUUCAUUUGAAUUAAGGGAUUCUGUGCAGGCUCAAUGGGAUCUUGAUGGCCAUGGUGCCGUUUGCCCAUGUUUAAUUCCGAUUCAGCAUUCAAUUGUAUCAAGUGCAUUUCAGCAUUCAAUGUUAGAAGAACCACUGAUUUAGUGCAUCAGCAAAGAGAUACUGCAGCACUUUCCAAGUCAAGCUUUCUGGUCAUUAUGGGCUCAAUUUACCAUUAUAGGAGCAUUGCAUGAUCAAAAAUACAUUUUGAAUCCUGGCAAGCCAUUGUUCUUAACCAGCACAUAUCAAUUGCUUUUGCAUGCUCAACCAUGCUCAACCUGUUAUCACUGAUAUGAUAAUAGAUAUGCAAAAGGGGAUUUACAUUUUUAUCACCACGAGCUGCUCCACUGAACAUAUCAUUAAACUCUUUCGUCAUGUCGUGUUUCAUGCACAAUGAAUGCAGAGAUUUGUUGUCAGUGUUAAAAAAGUAUAAUUCUGCAGUGUGCAAUUCCACCGUGUGCAUUUAUAAUGUGUGGGUGGGUGUGUGUGUGUGUGUGUGUGUGUGAGUGAGAGAGAGAGAGAGAGAGAGAGAGAGAGGGAGAGAGGGAGAUAGGGGUGUAAAGGGAGGUAAAGAGAAUGAGAAAUAGUGUGUUAGACCAAUACUCUGAUAUUUGGUUACCCAAACCACUGGGCAUUGCGUACCUUCACUGUAUGCCACUGUUGACAUAGUCAAACAAGGGAUUAUUUGAGUUUUGCUUAUAUGAUUAAAAACUACCAUGCAUGUGCAAAAUAUUAUUGUUAUUUCUGUCUGUAUUGGAUUUUAAGGAUGUAUAUGUAACAAAGUAACAAUUAGUUAAUUGCAGUUCAUGUCCAAAGUACAGUACUUUCUCCUGUAUUUUUCUGGGGAAAAUGUCAGUGUACUUUUAGACACCUUUUUAAUAUCAGUAGUUAUGAUUUCCCACUAAGAAGUCCAGUGGUGUGGAAAUGCAUGGAAUGCAUACAUAGAUUAUCAUAACCGUAUGUGUCUCUUGAUUGUAUAUGUCAUAUGAAAGAAUUCACAUUUCCCUUAAGUUUUCAUUCAUUCAUGACCUAAAUUGAAAUAGUGCUACAUUUAGGCUGCAUCAUGUGAAUGAAAACUGUGAAACUGGACUCAUUUCAUUUAUAAUCAUACGCCUUUUUUUUCUUUCCUUGUCCUUAAAUGACAUCUGUGUUUGGUACUGUGGGCAACAAGUACAUUUAAAUGCUGCUUUAACAUGUACAAAUUCUAGGCUUACGUUUUACAAUCAGGCGUAAAAUAUUUUCAUAUACAUUUUGUCCAACGUAAAAUGCAGUAGUCCUUCUUCCAUGUACAGGCAUAGACAUUUCUCCCUCAUGGUGUAUCCUAUUAUAAUUGUUACUCCUGUACUGUAUGUAUAUCUUGCCUACAAUCAUAACAUCAAAUGGAUGCUGCUGAUUGGCAGCUUCCAAAAUAAAAUAGCAAUGAGUUUUUUUUGUUUGUUUUUUGUUUGUUUGUUUUGCACCUUCUGUUGUACAUACUCUAAGGAACCAGAAUUCUAUCAAAUGCAUUUUCAUUUAAAGUGCCAUCAUCAAAGUUGCAUUUCUUUAAAGCAAAAUGAACUGUAUAAAGUAUUUAUGCAAUUAUUUUGGUUUUAACAUUUAUCUUUAUUGUUUCAGCAUUUUGUUACCUAUUACAUAUCAAUUAACUACGGCUGACUCUGUGUCAGUGCAAUGUACAUGUUUUCUUAUUUCUGCUGGUUUCAUUCCGUAAGGCAUUAACUAAUUACUUUAGCCCUGAAACAAUACUAUGUAUAGCAAUGACAAGAGUGCAUUAAAUGGAAAGGGGUGGAAUUUUGUACACUAUAAGAAAAAUGGACUGAGUAAAUCCUGUGAUUAUUUUUGGUGGUCUUGUGCUAGACUGCAUUACAACAGUAUCUAGUGUGCAAUCUGUGAUAGCUGAGUGUUCAUUCAUUGUAUAUUUGUCUUCAAAACAACUACAGAAACAAAAAGUAGAAUUACUCAACAACAUAUGUAACUUUAUUGCAAUAGAUCUGGUACUUAACUUCUUUUUUUAUUUCAAUUAAAGUCCUGCUAUUUACCACCAAUAA